CCAAGCGUUUAUUUUUCAAAUAUUUCACACGUGCCAAGGGUGUGGGCUUCAAAUAGGUACCUAGGUUAAAUAAAAUCGUGCAUAACUGCCCACUAAUAGGUAACUUAUAUCGUCGUAUUCUAAUUAGAUUAAUAAUAGUAAAGUCUUAUCUACUAGAAUUAGUAGGCACCUAAUUAAGCCGUUCUUGUAACUAAAUAAAUAAAUCGAGAGAGAUCUACUCGUAGGACUCCUUAGAAACUUGGUAUGGUACUUAGAAUGUAGGGGACCCCCUUCUCUAUCUCGAUUGCUAUGUAGUUUGCCUAGGCGGAAAAGCGGUAAACAUUUGACCACUGUCACUACAAUCUAAUAGAAGAGGCAAAAACCCCAUAGCAUAAUUUCUAAAAAACGUUUGCAGUUGUAUUAGAUAGAUAGACGCCUGAUAAUAUUAGCCUCUUAAAACCAGGUCCAUGUUUAAAACCUCGGUUGACUCAUUUUGUUUCUUAUCUUAUCUAACACAAGGGAUAGAUCGGUAUCUUUCUAAGUUUUAUCACCCAAAAUAAUAAUCUAGAUCUCUUCGUGUCAAGCCGAGGGAAAGAAAAUGUGACACGAGAGGGUCAAAGAAGCAAAGUUCACGACUGAUAGCGAUUCUUAUUAAAACUGUGUGUACAUUAAGUAAUAUUAGGUAUUAAAAAGUGUACCUUUCCUUAAAUAGAACCUAAUUGUAACCCAUUCUCCACAUGCAUAAAUAAAUCAUUUCAUUUCAUUACCUUUACUGUGCUCCGUAUAUUGAAGAAUACAACUUAUAAAUUGGUGCACAAUUGUUUUACCAAGUCUCUUGAAAAACUUAGCGUUUGAUGAAACUACCGAAACACGAACAAAGUAUAGUAUUUAGAUUCAUUCAUAUACCCGCUUUCCACUUUCUUUCACAUACUUACUAAAAACGAAAAAAGUAGAAAACCGGUAACAGGUAAAGAAUUCCAGACAUUUUAUAACUGUUUUACCGUAGUAGGUAAAAGCAAGUUGGGUACAAAUGAUGGUAUGACAUGACUUUGGGUAAUUAUUAGUUACCAAUAGGUACUUUUCAAUCGUAGGUAAUGACUAAUGAAUGAAUAUCGAGGAUUAUUCGAACUCCAUGUUUCAUAACCGGAUCUGUGACGUGACGUAUUUCUUGUGAUGAAUUGAUGAUCAUUUCAUUUUCUUGCCUACCUAAACAUCAAUAGCUAAGAAAACACGUACUGUAUUUUGUAAUGCAGAAAAACGGGGUCACGAAUAUCAACGUACGACGUACCUACCUAAUCAUAAAUUAAAAUCAAUUUAAGCACGUCGCGAAACACUAUCUUCUGCUUUUGCAAUUCACUUGACACACGUCUGACGUUUUUGGUAAAAACUUUUUACCCUGUCAAUUUGUCUUUUGACGACCAACCUGAACUUCGUGCUGGCAGGAAUACUGAAACAAAAGACGUCAACGGAAAAAUAAGCGCACAUUCGAGAACUCUCGUGUCAACUGAAAGAUUAUUAGAAGAUCGGCCGGCAUCACAGCGUGCUCCUUUGCAGAGUGCCGCUCCGCGAAUAGUCGAGGAAUCCGUCGUGUGGCGCUGCCGACGACGCUAGAGCGGUGGGGCGUGGGUUACCGACCGCGGCCGCGCGUCAAUCCAGUCGCCGUCCUGCCCGCGAGAGAACAGCGAAAAGGAAUCGACCAGCUGCACGCAAAAUGUGCAGCCACCAUUAUACCUAACCAACGCGCGGAGUGAUUAGGAUUAGUUUAUUUUAUAUUGUUAAUUUUUUAAACAGCUGCCAAAAUGGAUGCCGAGUACGACAAAAAGUUCGAGGAGAUGAAGCAGUACAUCCCUUUCCUGGAAAAGAUGAUUAAAAGACUGGAAAAUACACGCAGUGGUGCUGUGAAUCCACGGCAGGCUCAGCUGGACAAAAUACGAUCUCUGAGAGAUCUUUUACUGGAUAAGAAGAAAAGGAUGAAAAUGGACAACUUAUUAAAGUGUGAACAAGUUCUCAUCAAUUUGUACGCCAAAGUGGAACAGGGGAACACUUUACCGGGGAUUAAGCCUGCAUCUGAAGCCAUUGUUCCUGCUGACAAGACAGACUUAAAUUUAGCUCGAAAUAAACUCAAAACUGUAACAGCUAAAUCUCUUGAUCCAGAUACAUUACCCGAAAUAGCGCGGGCUACUGAAACUGAAGUCGGAUGCUCUGGCACCAAAGAACCGGCAUUGUUCCAGCGGAGGCCCAAUAAAGGUUCCCUUUCGCCGUCUAAAAAUUCUUCGAGUGAGAAAUCGCCAUAUAAAUCUAGCUCUAAACGAAACUACACGCGAGUUUUACAAUCCCCGGAACGAAGUGAAAGAUCAAGACUUUGGUCACCAUCGACUGGACCUCCUCGGGACGAAAAUCUUUUUAGCAGGAGAUCACCUCCAAGACCAUCACGUAGGCACUCUCCUUCUUAUCAUAAACGUGAAAGAAAAAAAUCGUCCAAAGAAUCUCAUCUACGCAAGUCAAAGGAUUUAAAUAUAACUUUAAAAGUUCCAGAAGAACGUUUGAAUUCUUUAAAUACAAAAGAUAUAUUAUCAAGGAUAAUUAAUUGCAGUGAACGAGAUGUCGAUAUAGCGACUUUACGUGAACUCAGAACGCAAAUACUCGGGGAAUUGAAACAGACUGGGGCAAACGAAGACAUUUCAGACUUGAUUUUAAAGUCGUAUAAAAAUAAGAAGACCAAAAAGAGCCAAUCGAAAAACAAAGCUGAUGUAGAAGAAGGAGAAUUAUCCGAUAGUGAAAGUGAAGCUAUAGAAAACAUUUAUGGGAAUUUAGUUGUAGUUGAAAAUGAUAAGACUAAAGAUACGCCCUCUAAUCAGAACAAAUCUGACUUGGAACAAGACCAAGUAUCGCGUAAAAUACAAAUUUGUCUUGUUAUAAAUUCCGAUAAAGAAGAAGCUUUACCAGAAUCCAGCCAAAUUCAAAAUGCUGCUAGUAAUCAGAAAAUAUGUGACCUAACCGACUUUGAAAUGUUUGAUGAUAAUAAUUGUGCCACCAAACCAACCGAUCGGAUUCGACCAAAACCACCUGAACCAGCCUACUCAACAAAAAAUAAAGAUGUCGUCAAAUCUGCUAGCCAAAAAACAAGUACAUCAUUGUCACCUGUAAAAUCUAACGAUAUGAAUUCUACAGGCAUAAUUUCAAUAAACGACGUUGAUAUUGAAAAGGAUAAGUCGGCAAAAUACACUGGUAAUAUAGAUAUGAAUGACUUUGAUAUUCAGGAAAAUUCAAAUAUUAAUACUUUGAAUGAGAAUCCUAAACCUGCACCGGAACCAGUUCCAGUACCAUUCAAGGUCAAUUUCUACAAUUCCAACAAUUCGGAUGCUAACGAAAUUAAUACACCAAGUGAUCACAAUGCGAAGAAUUCUCCAAAAAAAACAUUAGAUGCAUCUAGUGAGAAACUUCCAGAACUGAAGAAAUCUCUUGAUAAGUCAGAAGUGGACCAAGCAUCAGACAAAGGUUUAGAGACCGUGGGAAUAAAUAGCGAAACUACAAAAAAUACAAACAAAAACGUUAUUUCGACAGACAAGUCCAGUACGGAAUCUAUACCGAAACCAGAUGCUGAAAUUCCUUUACUCAAUGAGCCUACAGUACAGCCUGCAAAGAAAGAUAUAGUAUCUGAAAUCGAUAUUUUACAAGCAUUGAAAAACGAGAUACUAAGCGAUACCAUAUCCCUACCCUGUGCUGAAGCUAUUACACCAGCUUUACAUCAGCCCAAGGUCACAAAAGUUUCUAAUGCGCAGGAGGAACUACCAAAAAAGAGGAUUUCGAUAGAAAACUAUAAGAAAAAGUCUGUGUCUACAAAUAAACCUUCACUCUUUGUAAAAACCCCUAGAACGUCGGAGUCGAGAAAAGAAUCCAUGAAACUUCAAUCUUUGAAAUUAACUGAGAAAGAAGUCGAAAGGUUUAAUUUGAUCUCUAAAAUAGCACUAAGCGACGAUUCGGACGAUGAAAGAGAUACAGCCUUAAAAUCGCCAGAUGACGAGGACUUUGCUCCCAAGUCCCCCGAUAUGGACAUUACUGACGAUACCCUAGUAUCCCCACCCGUUAUAAUACCUGCCGAUCCUGUUAAAAUGGUUGUUGCAAACUCCAAGGCUGAUGUUGAUAUGCGACAAUUGCCCCCAUUAAUGUCUCCAAACACGAUGAGCCCAUUCGCGCCGUCGACUCCAAGCCAAGCUAAGAGCGAUGCUAUUCUCGAAGUACGAAAACCAGUGGAUAAACCAGAAGUAAAAAAGCCUGUAGCUCCAGUAGAUCCACGCAUCAGAAAGGAUGCUUUAUUACCUACGCCUCCUGUUGCUUACCCUAAUAUGACUCCAUCCCGAAAUCCUGCACCCAAUAUGACGCCAAACAGGGCGCCGAAUAUGACACCUAGCAGAACACCGAACAUGACCCCUGAUUCUAGGUCAUUUGACUUCAAUACAAAUAGGCCAUUCAAUAAUGAUGACAAUGGCCGUAAACACGUGUAUGCGCCUAUGUUUCCAGCUCAAGAUAAUUCUAAUGACCGAAAAUCUGUGUGGGAGUCCUCCGAGCGCAGUCCCGCUGAUACAUCUAGCUGGGAAAUGUCGAAUGCCGACAGAGAAAAAAAUUCUGGCCGUAAAUGGGACGAUCGAAACUCAAGAGGCAGCCAUCCACAAAGAGAUGGAGGGCCGAGGUCACGAUUUAACGAUCCUAAUUACGACACUGGUUAUAACAGAUCUAGAAAUGACAGAAAUAGUAGAGAUGAAUAUCAUAGACAGGAAGGGCAACAGCAGUCCAACUAUUAUUCAAGAUCCGACUGUCCAAGUACUCCUACACCUUCAUUUGGCAGAGGCGAUGCUCCUUCAACCCCGUCUCAUUACUUUGGCAGGUCUGAGUGUCCUCGGACACCGAGUCAUCCAUUCGGUAGAUCCGAAUCCUCCAAUCACUCAUUUGGAAUGUCCGAUCCGCCACGUACACCAAGUCAUCCGUUUGGACGUUCAGAGGCUCCUAUGACACCAAAUCAUCCCUUCGGAAGAUCUGACGCACCUAUGACGCCAAGUCACCCCUUUGGAAGAUCAGAAGCUCCAUUGACUCCCAGUCAUCCAUUUGGGAGAUCUGAAGCGCCUAUGACGCCCAGUCAUCCGUUCGGAAGAUCUGAUUACUCAUAUCCAAAUCCGAGCCCAAAAUAUGGCAAAGCUUCGCACGAUCCGAGAUUAAAUCGAAGCUACGAUAAUGAAGCAAAUAGUAGUAGAAGAGACUCCGGUUCGUACAAUGAUCGUAAUAGGUAUCAGAGAAACGAUCCCAGAAACUUUAAUAGAGAACAAAGUGUGCCCAGAAAUGAACCAAAACCUUACACUCCGGACCAGACUUAUAGAAGAGAUCAAAUGUCGUGUCGCGAAGCUAGUGUUGGACGCUCAGUGCCAAGUGAAAAUGAUAGAGAACGCUUAUAUUCAAGAGAUCGAAGUCGUGGUCCGGAUAAUUAUACCGAGGUGAGUUCGAGACGCCCAUUCCAACGUGAGCCCAGUGCGGGCCGGUCUAUGCCUGACUAUCGUGCGAGAGCUUCAAGUGUCGGAAGAAGUGUUAGAAAUGAAUUGUCAGUCGAAUCACACGCGGGACGUGCUUUUACGAUUGACACGAGCGUUAAUAGCACUUUUCAGAAAUUCCUUGAUUCGCACAGAAAUAAUGAUAAUAACUUUGAUGCCCGCAGACAACGCGCUUCGAGCGUAGGACGGUCAUUGGUGCGUGAGUCCAGUGUAGGCCGAGCUUUGCCGGCUAAUUCAUUCCAUAGAAUGGAAGACAAUAACAGAGAUAGAUUUAAGAGAGCACAAAGUGUAGGCAGGGAAUUAUCUACUACGAGAACUGAAAAGAGUUUUAAAGAUUUAAAAGCCGAAUUUGAGUCGUAUAGGAAUAACGACCGUAAAUUGAAUCAAGAUUCACAUCCAACAAAGUCUAAAGAUACCACGAACUCUCGUGAUCCUCGAAUUCGUAGGGACAGCUACGAUAAACAACCUGAUACUAAGCAUGGCUUGAACAGAACACAAGGUAGAGAAUCGUACGAGAAGACGAAAAAGUUUAACUACAGAGAUCCCAGACAACGCAAAGAACAGAAAUUGAAUGAGAGGUCUAAUUACUCACAUGACAGAAAACGCGCGGAAUCUCGCGAAAGGCACAGUUACGGUAUUUCUAGUGAUAGUGGAAUUAAAACCCCGACCAUCAGUUCAGUCAAAAAUUAUAAAAUUCCGAAAAUUAAACGACCUGAACCUGAGCCACAGCCGGUCGAACCCACUAAAAACAUAGCGGUCAAAAUCGAUAAGAAAUCAUCUCCAUCAGUAGUGAAAGACGAAAAGCAAAAACCCGCUGUACAGGCCAAGGUUGAGAAAAAAAUAAAAGAAGGUAAAAAGAAAACCGACAAUGCGUCCAACAAAACAACACACGACGAUAAACAUAAUUUAACUGCGAAAACUAAUAAGAAGGAAGACGAUGAAGAUAAAAACGAAUUAUGCGAAGCAAAGUCUGAAAAACGGGUCACAAGACGGUCUGGUCGAAAAAUCGAAGAAACUCCGUCAUCCGUGGAACCAGAAGAAGAGGUUGUUAAAGCUCGGCCACGCAGAGUAAAAAAAGUAGUUUAUGAUUCUGAUUCUGAUGAUUCUGAAAGUAAAAGUAACCCUGCUACUAAAAAUACUUCCCCUAAAAAGUCUCCGACUAAAAGUAAAACUAAAAGAAAUGUUAUACAGUCCGGUAAAAAUGUCAAUCCUCAGGAUGAUAAUACUGAAAUUAGCACUAAAGAAUCUUCUAGUAAAAACGAAAAUGCUAAUGAAGUUAAUGAACCUGAAGAUAAGUUGGAUAGCAGUUUUGGCCUUGAUGGAAUAGAUCUCUUUCCCGAUAAUAUUAUCAGUGAUCCAGUUCUAGACAAUAUUAAUUCACUUAUAGCAGAUCUUGACAAUGACCUAGCUACUUCUAAAUCAGGAGCGUGUAAUGAUCUCUUCAAUGACAUAAGCAUCGAAACGAUGUUAGAAAAAAUAACUAGCAGUCCUCUAAAGAAAGAAACAAAACAGACACUAGCUGAAACCACGGAGACUGUCGAUGCCCUUAAAACGGAAAGUAACAAAACUGUGUCUGAAAAUAAAGAUUUGUUUGAUAGUCUUAAAAUUGAAACCGAUAAAACAGACUGUGAAAAGUCUCUGAUAGUCGCUGGCGAUAAAAAGGAAGAAAGUUCUAAUCAAGUUACUGAUGAGCAGACCACCCGUUUAAGUUUGAUUUUAAAAGACACAGAAUCGCAAAGUGAUUGUCAAUCCAAAAUAAUUAGUCAAACCCAGGACAAAAAUGAUCCUGAACCCGUCGUGUCCACAUCGUUAAAUGAAGAAGAAUCUUCUAAAAAUGACCAAAGCUUAAUUAAUGAUAAAACUUUAGAUGGUCAGUCAACGCCAGAUAGCACAAAUGAAGCUGAAAAUAUGAGUCUAGAAUAUUCUGAACCAACAGGACACAAGCCAGACAGUACUAUUGAAAAACAAUGUGAAAUGAAUUCGGAUAUUUCAUCUACUCAUGAUGCUGAAAACAAGCCAACCAAAGACAAUGUCGAAACUCCUAAGGAUCCAGCUCCACAAAUAGAUUCCAUUGGUAGUUUGUUGUCAAUUUUACAAGAUAAGUCUAAAAUUAAAGAAUUGCUUAGUAUGCUUGGAGACCAAUCUGGUGAAAAUGAGAAAAUCAAAAAGAAGCUCGAGAAAUUAAGUGAAAUUGUUUCCGACGAAGAAGAUACAAGUGAUGAUAAAAUUGAGGAGAACACCUCAAACAUUAAGGCUUCAGAAGAUAACAGUGAAAUAGAACAUGCUAAGCAAGAUAACGAAGAGGAUGUAGAAAAACUAACACCAAAAGAUGAUACUGAGCCUCACCAACCUUUAGCAACAAAGACAUGCCAAUUGUCAGAUAGCAACCCUGAUGCUGAAAAUGAAGCUGGGAAAACAAAUGAUCACAGCGAAAGUAAGAUAGCAAGCGUAGAUAACAUAACGGAAAAUGUGAGCGAGGAAAAAAAUGUGGAAAGCCAGGUAGUAACUGAUUCAAUAGAAACUAGUCAGGUUCUUGAUGAAAAAGAGGUUUCCAAGGAGACAUUAACCGAGGAUAAUUCUGAACAUGAGGACAACAAUGAUGAAGAGGGCGUUAAAGAAUCAGGUAACGUACAAACUCGUAAAAAGGUUGUCAGAAGAGGACUAAAGAGAUUCAAGACUGGUAAAUUUAAGAAGGGUAAGCAGGUCAAGAGUGUUGGUGAGGAAAAACGCGUGACUAGAUCUGAAGCUGCUGGAUUACUGGCAAAGCCUAAACUGAAAAAACCUUCAAGAGAACUGAGACAGUUGCAGGAAUCUAUAAAGGAAAUGUUUGUAAGUGAUGCAAUCUUAAAUGCUACCGGUAUACGCAUGUGUCGCCUAGCUAAAAUGAUAGAUGAAAAAUCUGAAAAGAGCGACGACCUAGAAUCCAGCCAGUCCGAAGUCAGCCAGCCAGAACCGAACAAAGCGGAACCCAGAGUUGUUUUAGAAAAGGUCAAGAACAUUGAAGAAUCUGUUAUAGAGAAGCCAUUGCGUAAGAAACCUGGACCGAAGCCUAAAGGGAAACCUGCAAUAGUUAGUCCGGAUGAGAAAAAGAACAAAGAUGAGAAACCUUUAGUGAAAUACAAACCUGGCCCUAAGUCAAAGACUAAAAUUCUACAGAAUGAAAAAGAUCCUUACGAUUUCGAAACAGACUCCAUAAACGAAAGUAAAUCGAGUGAAAAAGGUCAAGAUAGUGGUUCCGACUCAGAAAAUGAAUCGCUGGCAUCCUCUAAGAGUUUUGGCAGCACAGAGUUGCUUGUAGAAUUAAAGAAAAAACCAAAACGCAAGAGAGGCGGUGGAUGGCAAUCGGGUGUUAUUAAACCUAAAAAGAAGAGGAAAGUAGAAGUAAAGCGCGCUCAGUCACCGCCCCGAAACCAAGUGCCCCGCUUGAACGUUCUUACACGAUACCAGAUUACGGCUGCUUCACUGAUAAAAACUAUUGUUUCUCUAAAAGUGCUUCCGAAUAUCAGUGUCGGUUGUGUGUAUCAACUCACAGUUGGAAAGACAUAGUGUUCCAUUAUAAAAAGCACCAUCCUCAUUCUGAAAUUCCACUUUCCCGUAUGAGUCCAGAUGUAGCGAGAGAAGCCAUCGAGCAGUGCGGAGACAUCGAUUUUGCUGCCAUCAGCAAAAUACCCACCGACAAAUAUACUUGUAGGUUCUGCUUUAUCGAGUUUGGUAAAAGAAGGGCUGUAUUGGAAUCGUUCUUCUGGCACGUAGUAAGUAUGCAUACCGGUGAAUACAAACAACUGUGCUCUGAAUGCAUUAAUGUAGAGAGGUGCCCAUUUAACUUGGACAUUCCACCUCCACCGAAGGACGUUAAAGGGCAACUCAUAGGGUAUAUUUGUGGCAAAUGCAAUUACACCCAGAUAUCGCUCGAGAACCUGAAAAUGCACGUUAUUCAUCGCCAUAAUGAUACUGAAACAGAGGUUUACACCAUAAACUUCGCUGUAAUGACAAAGAGUACUAUUAGCAGUCUAAUGAAAAGAAUAACGCAUUUGGCCAAUACACCUCGGCCCACUAGAAGUACUCGGUCAAACCAGAGCUAUACUGAAGCCAGUGAUGACAGGAGCGAGGUAACAGAAAGUGAGAUUGAAGCGCCGCACCCUGCUAAGACAUCCAAUGUCCCUGUCCUGGAAAAAUCUAGAAGGUUCUCAUUUAAUUCGAAGAUUUCGUU